UGUAACGGAGUGGCCGGUAUUUCUCUGCGGAGGGGCACCGAGAUGAAGAGCUGCACUGACCCGAAAACAUGUGCCCCAGGCUCCCGUGGACUGCCUGCCUUCUCAGGCUUACUGCCUUCUGCAUCAUCUUCUUACACACAGCGGCUUAUUUCGGGCUGACAGCAAAGGAGCCCGUGGCGUUGCUGCCUGCGCCCCUCGCUGGAGACGUGCAGUCGGGCCGCGCUCACCUGAAGCAGUGUGAGCAGCUCAAGCUGACCCGCAAGCAGAAGCGUCUGUGUCAGAGAGAGCCGGGGCUGGCGGACACACUGCGGGACUCGGUGCGUCUCAGUCUGCUCGAGUGUCACUACCAGUUCAGGAACGAGCGCUGGAACUGCAGCCUGGACGGCCGCGGGAGCCUGCUUAAACGAGGAUUCAAGGAGACCGCUUUCCUAUAUGCCGUGUCCGCGGCAGCGCUCUCUCACUCGCUGGCAAAGGCCUGCAGCUCGGGCCGCAUGGAGCGUUGCACCUGCGAUGACUCCCCUGACCUGGAGAACCGCGAGGCCUGGCAGUGGGGGCUCUGCGGGGACAACCUCAAAUACAGCACCAAGUUCCUCAAGAAAUUCCUGGGGCAGAGAAAGACCAGCAAGGACCUGCGGGCGCGAGUCGAUGCACACAACUCCAACGUGGGCACCCUGGCUGUGAAGAGUGGUUUGAAGACCACAUGUAAGUGUCAUGGUGUUUCAGGCUCCUGCGCAGUCCGGACAUGCUGGAAGCAACUCUCCCCCUUCCACGAGACGGGCCGGCUCCUCAAGUUCAAGUUUGAGUCGGCGGUGAGGGUCGUGAGUGUCACCAACUCUGCCAUGGGGGAAACCGAGCUCGUGGGGCCACGUCGCUCCAGCCAUGCCCCCCGCGCCACCGACCUGGUCUUCCUGGAGGACUCGCCCAGCUUCUGCCGCCCCUCCCGCUACUCCCCGGGCACCGCGGGCCGACCCUGCGCCAAGGAGACCACCUGUGAUAGCCUGUGCUGCGGCCGAGGUUACAAUACUGCCCUGCGCCUCGUCACCUUCUCCUGCCACUGUCAGGUCCAGUGGUGCUGCCAUGUAGAGUGCCAAACCUGCAUCCAGGAAGAGGAGGUGUACAUUUGUAAACACUGAGGAGGAAGAGAGGAGAGAGGAGAGGGCAGAGGAGUGGAGAUAGGGGAGCGAUGAGAGAGAACUGGAGAAGAGGGAGAGAGGAGAGGACAGAGGAGUGGAGAUAGGGGAGCAAUGAGAGAGAAUUGGAGAGGAGAGAGGAGAGGAGUGAAAAAGAGGGGGCAAAGGGAUACGGUAGGGGAGAGAAACAAAGUGAACGAGAGGUAGAGGAGAUCAAGGAGGAAAGAGGUAGAAAUACAUUUAAUAUAGUUUGGAAGAAAGGGAAAUGGCAUGGGGAUAUUGUGAGUAUGGGAAAUUGAAGAUAAAGACAUGGAAGGGUUGGAGACAUGUAUAUUGAGAGAUGGCAACGCUGAUAGAGAAUUGAUGAGGAAAUUGGAAACAGCGUGGAAUUGAGAGCCAUAGAAAUGAGGGGGGGAGUGGACAUUAGAAGAGGAAGGUAACUGCAAUGUUCCAACAAACCAAAUCAGGGUGUCUUUCUGAUGGAACACAAUGAAUAGAGAAAAGAUGGAGAUGACAACCACAGGACAUGACUGAAAAGGGACAGGAAUCUGCCCUCCAAAUAAAUAGGCAUCCUAUUCUCUUGUGUGCUGGUCUGAUGGAUGUAUGUUGUCUCUCAAUGGCAUUCUGUAGGUUAUAGCACUUGGGAUUGUGUCGUAUAUCAACUAAGCGGGCACUGAACCAAGGAUCUUGGACUUCAGGACCUCUAUAAACUGCAGUUCAGUCCGGAGUCAUCUGUCUGUAUGUCUGUCUACAGGCCUGGUACAGGCUAGCACAGUGUUGGAUUUAAUGAUUGAGAUGGGUACAUCAUCUUACUUUUGGGAUAUACAGUGCUGGCAUUCCAGACCCGGUAACUAAAAUGCGUGCAUCUUUGGGAAAACGUAGGAAGCCAUAAAGCAGGACACACUGAGUCACUGAUACAGGCUUGUCACCUCCCAAAACUGUAACCACAAAGGUCCCCCCAUUCUCCAAUGCUUUCAAAGAUCUCUCAAGAUGAAUCCCCUCUUCACACACAGCUCUGCACAGGCUUGCUUUUAUGUUAUAUGCAGAAGAUCUUUCAUGUUAUAAGAAGCAUCUUGCAUGUAGAAGAUAUACCAUAUUAUCAAAUCAACUGUAAAUAUGAACUUAUUAUACAUAAUAUUUUAAAGAUGUAUUCUCUUACGAAUGGCCAAGGCUACCAUUCCUAUUGCAAAAGCUUGUGGAUCAAUAAUAGAAUAUUAAACUCCACUUACAAGUAAGUAGAUCAUUCAGAAGAUUAAACUGGAGUUGUGUUUGUGUUGAAACUGGAUAUGUUUUGCUCACACAUUGCAAUAAGGGGCACACUCUGCUUUUCAGAUAUAAGCCCCCCAGACAUACCAUAAAAAUGUUAGUGCAAAAUUAAUAAAUAACAUCACCUUUGGGUUUUAUUCAAGGUAAAGGCACAAUAUUUCUCGUACAUCUGCUCCAUUGUGGUGCUACCCAGUUAAUAACACACCGUCCAAGCACCCGGUAAUACAUACAUUUUUGUCAGUUUUUCAUUAAGUACUGUAAAUGGAAAACUACAAAGCUUAUGUAAUUUAAUAUAUUAACUUAACAUUAUUCGGCAUGUUUCAGCUGACUUUAUGAAGCAAAAUAAGUACAUUAUUUAGGGUGAUGCAAAGCUUUUGGCCAGAGCUGUAUGUAGUCAAAAGUUAUUAAUAAUAAGUGUGGAUAUGAAGACUUUGCCAUGGACCCCAGAAACUGGGGUUAAACUUCUGUAAUAAAAUAUUUAUUUAGACCAGAUUUUAGGUUUAAAAAAAGUAGCACAACCUUUAUGUAGAAAUGGCUGGCAGCAGAAAUCAAAACCUGGUAUCAAAUUUCAACUAAAGAAGGGAAAAAUUGAAUCUUAAACCCAACUGGCAUCUUACCAACACACAAAUACACACUCUGAUUCGGCCAAACUCACACUGACACACUUGUACACAUGUCUGUGUACAUUUUAAAGACAAAGCCUAUGAGUGUAACACACAUUUUUUUAGUAUCCUCAAGAACUCGUUAUUUUUAACCAACCUUUUUAAAAAGUUGUUAGGUAUUAGACCACUAUAAUCUCUAAACACUUGUAAUAAACUAUCUAUCUAUCUAUAUUACAGAUUAAACUAAUGUUGUUAAUGUUAUACUCAUAAUGAGAACUAAGCAAAUGUAAGUGAGAAUUAUAGAAUGAUUUCAUUAGUGCUGACCACUUUAAUAGUCUGAGAUUAUUGAUCAUGAAGGGCACCUGUACUGUAAAUAACAAAACAAGAAGCACUUAUGUAUCGCCCUGAACUAUAUAUGAAACAUGUUACCUGAGUUAAAGUGAAUUUAAAUGUACUGACAUGAAUGGCCAGCUCUGGCUUUCCCCCAGCCAGGACUGGCUGUGUUCUGAGCUUGUCAGAGGUGGUUCACUAUAAAGACACUGCAUAUAAAGUUCAACAGUUAGUUUAAAGCUGUCCAUGAUACUGGAAAUUACAUAAACCUGUAUUGGGUUUUAAUAAGGAAGUCAUAAUCUGCAUGGAAUAGGUUGUACAAUACCACUGUAAUACUAUCUAUCUAUCUAUCCACAAUGUGCAGAUUUAUUGGAAAACGCAAAUUAAAAUAAGUAGCAGUGAGUUUGUCAUGCACCCCCACUUGCCCCAUAAUGCCAUUACACUGGCGCUUGUAUUCUCAUAAUGCCAUUACACUGGCGCUUGUAUUCUCAUAGUGCUAUUACACUGGCGCUUGUAUUCUCAUAAUGCCAUUACACUGGCGCUUGUAUUCUCAUAAUGCCAUUACACUGGCGCUUGUAUUGAGGCUGUGUGGUCCAGUGGUUAAAGAAAAGGGCUUGUAACCAAGAGAUCCCCAGUUCAAAUCCCACCUAAGCCACUGACUCAUUGUGUGACCCUGAGCAAGUCCCUUAACCUCCUUGUGCUCCGUCUUUCGGGUGAGACGUAAUUGUAAGUGACUCUGCAGCUGAUGCAUAGUUCACACACCCUAGUCUCUGUACAUCGCCUUGGAUAAAGGCGUCUGCUAAAUAAACAAAUAAUUAAUUAAUUCUCAUAAUUCCAUUACACUGGCGCUUGUAUUCUCAUAAUGCCAUUACACUGGCACUUGUAUUCUCGUUGUAGGCAGAACACAGAUAGCAUGGCCUCUUACCUCUGACUCUCCACAACAGCGUUAUAAAGUGGGGUAGUAGUAGCACUGUAGUAGUGUUUACUAUAAUAUUAUAUUUUUUUAUUUCAUUUCUGUCUGAAAACUGGACAAAACAACCCAGCUCAUAUUACCUGUAGUAAGCACUGUACUUGCGUUCCUAGUUCUAUUCUUUUAUAGAGUGCUACCAUGGCUUUCUCACCUCUUAUUUAUUACCAGUAGUAUAAUUAUCACUGGCCUCAUAAAGCCUCCAUUUUAGAUGACUCAAUGCAGUAUCAGUCUGUGUGCUGCUUGCUGCGAGUAUAAUAUAUAUAGAAAACUGCUUGUUCUUCUCUCCAGUAGCUUUCUUUUAAUUCAUAUAAUUAUCUCUCCAAGGGAAUUAAAUCUCCAAAAAUUCUAAUAUUUUUCUACCUCACAUGUACAGCUUGUAGACAGAAGAAAAUGUAUUUGUUAUUUAUCGUCUAUAUAUAUAUAUAUUCUGAGUAGCUUUAAAGAAAACAAAACCCUUUUUUCUCUUAUUUGUACAUGUUGUCUGGGUUGUAGAUACUUUUUUGCGCUAUGUAAUAGUUUUGUUUCAUAUUCUUAUUUAAUGUCAAAAAAUGAAUUCAUACAUUUGUGAAAAUGUGUUUGCACUGAUGUCCUUCUGUUUAUGAUAUCAAUAAAAUGUAUACAAUCUUUCAUUUUG